UCCUCAUACAGAGAGGCUGUACUAAAAUUAGGGAGUGUUUUGUUUGCUCCGUCUGUUUCCAUGUUCUUACAGAGAGUCAGGAAAUGUUUAGUUUCUCUCUAAAUGGCGCUGGAGGAUGAGCUGUCGUGUCCCGUGUGCACUGAUGUCUUCAGAGACCCGGUGUUACUGAGCUGUGGACACAGUUUCUGCAGACAGUGUAUUAAUGAUCACUGGACCUCCAGCAGCUCCAGAAACUGUCCCGUCUGUAGACAGCUGUCCCCGCAGGAGCCAGUGUCCAACCUGUGCUUGAGGAACACCUGUGAGACUUACCUGAGAGAGCAGAGCACGAGGAAAGAGAGGGAUGAAGAACACGAGUGUCAGAUACACGGAGAGAAAAUCGAGCUGUUCUGUCAAACAGAUGAAGAGGCUAUAUGUGCAGUGUGUAAGAAACAGGAGCACAGAUGGCACCAAACGCAAAAGCUACAGCAGACUGUGCGCCAUCGCAAGGCGAAGCUGAAAGCAGUUCUUCGUUCAGCUGAGAAGUCAUUGGUCUCAUUACAAAAAGGGACAGCACGGGACCCCAAAAUCUCCAGUUUCAAGCUCAGCAUACAGAGGAAAAUCAGGAUGGAGUUUGAGACGCUGCAUCAGUUCCUCAGAAAGGAGGAGGAGAGCAGGAUAACUGCUCUAAAUGAAGAAGAGAAGGAAAAGAGAGUGAAGAUGGAAAGAAGAAUACAAGGAGGAGUACUGUCUCUCUCUGACAGAGUCAAAGAACUGAAAGAGGGAAUCGAGGAAGAUGACAUCACCUUACUGCAGAAUUAUCACAGAAUUAUGGACAGGUCUGACCACACACUCCCAGAUCAGGAGCUGAGUUCAGAAGCUCUUAUCGAUGUUUCCACACAUCUGGGGAACUUGAAGUACCAAGUGUGGGAGAAGAUGAAGGACAUCUGCCCUUACUACCCUGUGAUCCUGAACCCAAGCGCUGCUCCACCAGACAUCUCUGUGUCCGAUGACCUGACCUCUGUGACCUCAUGUUUUCAUCGGCAGGACGAGGGGAACCCUCUUCCUCUGCACAGUAACCGUAUGGUGCUGGCCAGCGUGGGGUACGCUGAUGCAGCUCACGUGUGGGACGUUGAGGUGGGAGACAGUCACCGCUGGAGUCUUGGAGUGUGUUUCGGAUUGGAGGGUAAACCUGCUACACAACCUUUGACCCCUGAAAAUGGCUUCUGGGGUCUCAGACGCGAUGGAGACUCGUACGAAUUGAUGGCCGCUGGGAUGUCGAGAGUAAACAUGGAGGUAAAUGCAAAGGUAGUGAGAGUGAAGAUAGUGUACUGUCAUGAGUUUCUUCAAGACGUGAUGCAGCUGAAACGCUGGAGGAAGGUCAGCUUUUCUGAUGCUAGCAGCAAUUCAUUAAUUGCAGAAUUUGCUAGAGUGCCACUGAAGAAGAAACUCUUUCCCUUCGUGAUCCCAGAAGAUCAGACCGUCCCGCUGCGUGUCGUCCCAGCUAACGUAACGCUAACUGUUGAAGAGAAAAUAUCAUUAAUGGAGAUACAUCGAUUCUCUUUUCUCCUUUUCCUUUUUUGUAUUGUUGUGUUUUUAUUUAUGAGUAUGUUAGGAAAAAGUGACCGUCAAGGCAGAUGAGAAGUAAAAGGCUGUUUAAUUACAUUAAUGGUCUGUUAUAAUGGUUCAGUCAGCUAAAGCAGAAGAUCUAGCAUCACUGCACUAUCAUGUGAAUAUAAUGGAGCCCAUGUCCAUGAUGAUAAUGCCAGGCACAGAUAUUUGCACUGCUCUGGUUUAUUACUGUAGUAGAAUGAUUUCAGAAACCCAGCAAUCCUUUAUAUCCUCCUCACAAUGUCCUGCACAGUGUUGUUGUGAUGUAGCGUGUGACUCAUAUUUGCUUCUAGAAGUGCUCUCUAUCCUGGUUUGUGUGUGUAAAUCCUGUUUGAACAGGUUUGCAAAGUCUUGUUCAAUUACAGUUCAGGGUAUUUCAUAAUCUUCUUCGGUUUUGUUCACUAUCCUUGUUAAAAAGGCCCGCUGUAAACAAGCUUUUAUUUUGAAGUUUUCUGGUGAUCAGCCAGUGUUUGAAUGUGAUGUCAUCGCAGCAACCUAAAGACACUAUGCUCCGCCCACUUCCAGCAGGUGGCAAUGAUUAGUGUUUGGUAGAAAUAGCCUGCACCGAGUAGGUGAAAGCAAAUGUACUCGAGGCUUUCGCAAGUGUUGGUGUUGUGUGCGUAUGUUAGAUGAACCAAGUAAGUUUAUUUAUGUACUUCAGCUUUGAUAGCUGUGACCCUUCUGCAUUUUAGUUGAUACUCAUUGUUUAAGGUACUUUAAAUGCAAUUACUGGUUGUCAUCACACAUUCUUAUGUAGGUUGUUCAUUUAAGUGUAUAUUGCUACCUUCUUUGUAUGAAUUUACCUACUUUAUUGAUUUGUUUAUACUAAUUUGUUGUUAUAUCUUUUGUUAAAGACCACACCCAGAUGGAAACACCAAUGUAAUAUCUGCAACAUUUGUGAAUUGUUGUGAAGAAAAUAAAUGCAUCAAAGACUUAA